GGCUUCGCCCGAUUAACUGUCGGAACCUGCGGCUUUGGAGACCUUGUCGCUGCUCCAAGCUUUUCGUCCAUUUCCAGGCGGCCACAUAUAACAUAAAGGUAAAGAAGACAGCUUAUCAAUAACAGUAAGCGCCAUGAAUAACUCGGCACCUCCAAAGCAGCCUACAGCGUCGCGCGACAAUCUCGCACUGUCCCCUUUCCAGCGUCUUAUUGACAAAGUAUGCGAUGUACUUCGUCACCAUAUACACCAUAAAGCCCCAGUCCUCGCUUCUGUUUUGUGCCCUUGGUUUCUUUGGCUCAAGAACGCCUAUCUCGUGUCUCUUUCGACGAUGACACUGACGGGUAGACCACCCACAAGGAUGAGGACCGUGUCUCGCCUGCUUUGGGGCCUAACCUUACUUCUGUGUUUUCUGGUCGCGGGGUCCCUUCCCGCCAUCGUCAUCGCCUGGCUUUGGUCGUAUGUUCGGUCCCACUGCAUCCAACUGGUGUAUCGUCUACUUUUUCCCUUCCUGCUGAAAUCGGUUAUGGCAUGGAUCCCGAUCAAUACCCCGCCCAUGAGCGACCUCCAGUUGCCGACCACCUUCGUCUCCGCGAUAAUUGUGGGGGCAGGCUGGUUGGUGGUGUAUCUCAGAAGGUACUAAGAAUGCCAAACAUGUACGGUCAGGGCUGGAGAGAGUGGUGAUAAAGGACAGGAAUUACAAGGAUGACUUGCAAUUAG